AGCACAGUCAGAAUGACUCUGCAUCUACAGCGCACUUCAUCAGUUUUUUUUAGGAAAACCUCGCAGUAGCAGGUGAAAGAUGCAUGGAGGAUUUCUACAGCUGCUCAAGAAGAGGAAGGAGCUGAUUCCUCUGAUUGGGAUUGUUGGAUGUGCUGCACUUGGAGCAACAGCAGCCUCCAUUUACUUCUUACUGACCAAACCAGAUGUCAUUUUAAACAAGACUAGAAAUCCAGAGCCAUGGGAGACAUUAGAUCCAUCAACGCCGCAGAAGCUCAUAACCAUUAACCAGCAGUGGAAACCAGUGGAGGAGCUGGAGCUGGUGAAGAAACUGACCAAGUGAUCUCCUCUCGUCUGAAUCCUCAUACUAAUUUAAUCAGGAUUUGGUUGUUCUCUGAACUCUGUUUGUAUGCGCUGGAAACGAGCUUCGCACAAUAGGCCUUUAACUGUGAAAGCCACCUGUGUACUGGACUCAAAACAUGAAUAAAUGAAUGAUGUGAAUUAAA